UUGAGUCAGGUGAAGGCGGUCUCUGUAGAAACUUCCGGAUGUGCUGAUAGUAAACAUAGGCUGUGGAGGCAGGCAGUGAGGGAGGACCGGGAGAUGCACUCGAAAUCCUGAAAUGCCGUGUUUGGAAGAGCUGACCCUGGAGCCGGAGACCGCAGAGUGUCCAGAGAAUGCCGACCACCCUCGCCACCCCUGGGACACCUGCAGGAUAACCUGCACCCACUAGAAUGCCUGGAUGGUUCAAAAAGGCGUGGUAUGGACUGGCAUCUUUACUCAGCUUCUCCUCCUUUAUCCUGAUCGUUGUUGCCCUGGCCGCGCCCCACUGGCUGAGUGGGAAAAUCCUUUGUCAGACUGGAGUGGACCUGGUCAACGCCACCGACCCAGAGCUGGUCAAGUUCAUUGGGGAUAUUUACUACGGGCUCUUCCAAGGAUGUAAAGUGCGACAGUGCGGGCUCGGGGGCCGCCAGUCCCAAUUCACAAUCUUCCCACACCUGGUGAAGGAACUCAAUGCAGGCCUCCAUGUGACAAUUCUGCUGCUCCUCUUCUUGGCCUUGGCCCUGGCUCUGGUCAGCAUGGGCUUUGCCAUUCUCAACAUGAUCCAGGUUCCAUAUAGGGCAGUCAAUGGCCCCGGGGGCAUCUGCCUAUGGAACGUCCUUGCAGGUGGAGUCGUGGCACUGGCCAUCACCAGCUUCAUGGCUGCGGUCGAGUUUCACGACCUCACCGAGCGCAUCGCCAACUUCCAGGAGAGGCUCUUCCGCUUCGUGGUGGUGGAGGAACGGUACGAAGAGUCCUUUUGGAUCUGUGUGGCCAGUGCCUCCGCCCACGCUGCGAACUUGGUAGUGGUGGCCAUCAGUCAAAUUCCGCUCCCGGAGAUUAAGACCAAAAUCGAAGAGGCCACGGUCACGGCUGAGGAUAUCCUGUAUUGAUCGUCCUCUGCGACUCACAACCUUUCCUGAGUCAGUUCUGCGGUGUGAACCGGCACCACAUUUUGCGCGCAGGCUUUGCAGUCCAGAGCGCCCCUGUUCUGGAAGGUAAGAAGGAGAAAGUGGAGAGAGGCAGGGCGGUGCCUGGACCAGAAAAGAAAGCUUUCCCAUACUCCCGGCAUCUCUGCCCUUCCCUCUCACUGACCUUGGAGUUAGAGACUCUGCUACUUGCCAGCUGUGUGGACACUGGACAAUUCACUUAAUUCCUGCUUCUCACUUUCCUCAUCUGUAAAAUGGAGGUAAUAAGACCUCCCAAGGUUGUGAUGAGGUUUAAAUGGGCAAUAUGUUGCCAACCUUUGAAUCAAUAUAUGUAUCUGGGAUUAGCGUCUUCUACAGAUAUAAAGUAAUGAACACUCCAAUAAAUGUCUAUAGACCCCUGUUCUGUUCCACAAAAUAUGAGGGGUGGAAGUAAAGAGGCAUAUGGUAACACCCCUGCCCUCCAGAAACAUUUAAUCCUUCCACAUGACAGGCAUCAGAUAGCAACAGUAACACUAAGAAUGAAAAAUAAUUGCUUUUCUUUUUUUUUUUUAGUGGUUACUAUAUACUGGACACUGAUCUAAGAGUCCUAUAUAUAUGGGGUCCUCACUAUAAAUUCAGAUUGUUGGUACUUUAUUUCCACCUUAUCGAUAAGAAACUAAUGUAUCCAGAGAUCAGUUAACUUGCUGAGGUCCAGAAUUCAGUUGAGGAAGUCUAAAACCAAACUGUUUACUUGCAACCACUUUGCUAAUCGGCUGUUGGA